AACACAAAACCCUGCAAUCCAUCGGUCCACAAAGAGAGCCUCUGCGUGUUUAUAAGUUCAGAGCUCCUAACGGAACUUUUCCUUUUAUCUGCUCCUCCUCGUGACCUACCAUCAUCUCUUAAUUCUUCCUAUCCUUCUCUCUCUCUCUCUCUGUAUCCCAGUUUUCAUGCUUCCAUUUCUGUGUAUACUCAGAGUAUCUGGUUGCCUUAUUGGGUAACUUUCCCUUCUCAGAUAUUUCUCUUUCGUUUUUGACCAAUACCCACUCUCAUCACUGUUUCGGUUUCUUCAUCUUCUCUUGGAUUUUGGGAUGCCCUGUUUUUUCAGAGGAUGCAACUUCCUCUGCUUUUUUCAGGGAACAAUUGAGUUUUAAGAACUUUGGUUUCUGAAGAUUGAGUUUUUUAUUUUUUGUUUUUGUUUUGGUUAUUUUAUUUUCAUAGACUUUGCUGAAGAUUUUGAUACUUUUUUAAAAAUAUAUAUAUAUAUAUAUCAAGAUUUUAUUUUUUUAAUAGGGUUCUAGUCUGUUCCUCUAAUAAAUAUAUAUAUCUUCUUUUUCUUGGCUUUUUCUUCAUACUAUUUUUAAGCCAACAACUUUUGUUGGCUGUACUUCCAGGGUUUAGGGUUUUGUACUUUUUCCCUUUUUUUUUUUUUUUUUUUGGCUUUACCAGUUCUCAGCAAAGAGUGUAGCAAGUUUCGAGCUUUUCUUGAAACUGGUGUAAGAAAAUUCAACUGUGGCUCUGAAUUACAAUCUGAUUCUGCAGACUUCAGCUUGUUCCUGAAAUGGGAUUUCUUCGUUGUUCAGUUUUUUUUACAGGUUUGCUCUGUUUUAGCUAUCGAAUUGUCUUGAGACCUCGAAAUUCUCACUGAAAUUGCUUCAAAUCCUGAAUCUGAAUUUGGGUCUUAGACCUCCAAUUUCAGCUGAAUUUCAACUUUCUUGUCGGAAAAUUCUCCACAAAUGUCUUCCUGUCUAAGCGGAGGCAGCGGGAGAACCUAUGCUCUCGACCUCGACAUCGUGAAAUCCCCGUCGACAUCGACCAGAACCUCGCACUCUUCUUCCCCUUCUUCGACUCUGUCGGAAUCGAGCAAUUACCCGCUCGCAAUCUCCACCCGAAAACCCCGAACCUCUCGAAAGCGGCCCAACCAGACCUACAACGAAGCCGCAGCGCUCCUCUCCACGGCCUAUCCCAACAUCUUCUCCCCCAAACACCUCACAAAGCCUCGCAAAUUCACCGCACAACAUGAGUCUUUCUUGGCCGAGUCGUCCGAGUUGCUUCUGCCCUUUCGGGUCAUCGACAGCUCCGGUUUCCUGCUCCACCAACCAAUCCAAGAAAAACCCAGUUUCCAAAUCCAAUCCAAGGUUGCGAAUUUCUGCGAAAAGCCAUGCCAGAGCCCAGGGGAAGUCGAUUUCCAGGCGAAUUCUUUGGAGUUGUGUGAUGGGUACGAGGAGGAUUUCGAUGCGGAAUCGAUUCUCGAUGAGGAAAUCGAGGAGGGAAUCGAUAGUAUUAUGGGGAAUCUGAGUGUGGGUACCGAUGCGGUAGAUGAUUCUUGUAGCGGUGGCCAAAAGAAUUCCUGGUACGGGAAUCCAAUUCCAAUGGGAUUGGGUUUUGGCGGGAAAUUCGAAAUGGGUUUUGGGAUGAGAAGGGGUGGAGGAGUGAGAGCUCUGAGACAUGUUGAUGAGGGUAACUGGUGGAGUUUUCCGGUGGUGGAUGUCCGCCAAAUCUCUCCCAAAUUCCACAGGCAUUCAUCAGGUUCCGCAGAGAAGAAGAAAAAGAAGGUCGAAAAGCCGCCGGCCAUGGAGUUGAAGAACAAGGAAUUGCCCAAAGAAAAUUCAACUCCCAAACCCAAUUCCGGGUUGCUGUUGAAACUGAAUUUUGAUGAGGUUUUGAACGCUUGGUCCGACCGGGGGUCUCCAUUUUCCGACGAUUUUCCGGGCUUCGAAUUGCCGGGAAAUGAUGUCUCUGCCAGGCUCGCGCAAAUAGACUUAUUUUCGGACGGAGUGAGAGAAGCUAGCGUGCUUCGCUACAAGGAAAAGCGGCGUACGCGUCUCUUCUCUAAGAAGAUCAGGUACCAGGUUCGAAAAGUCAACGCAGAUAGACGGCCCAGAAUGAAGAGAAGAGGAGGAGAUUCGAACUAGUGACCUCUGCUUUAUUAGGGGCGCUUUGUUAGGAGGCCGAAUUCUAGCACAAAUGGUCAAAGAUGAAAAA